UUUAUUAUUUUUUUUUAAAUUAAUUUAAAACAACACGUCGUGGUUGUUGAUGUCAAGUAGAAAAAAUAAAAAAUUUAACCAUGUGAUAGUCAUAAUUGAGGGUGGUGAUUUUUAGGGUGGUUUUAUUUUAUUUUAUUUUAUUUUAUUUUAUUUCAUUUCAUUUCAUUUUAGUGGGAUAAUAAAAAUAACAAGUUGUGAAAAAUUUAUUAAAUUAAAUUUAAAAUAUGUGGUUUUAUUUAAAAUAUAUUGUGAAAUUAUUAUAUUAAUUAUAUAUGAUUAACAAAACAAUAAUAAGAGUGCUGAAUAUAUACCUAUAUAUUUUUUUUGUGAGUCAAUAAAACGGGUGGAUGGGAAAUAAAGUUACGGGACUGGUUACGAUCGAUGGUGCUCUCUCAACAUAACAACUGGCAACUGAUAUUGUGAUGAUCCACAUAUUAUCAUCAUCCAGCUGCCAAAAAUAAUUAUAAAUAAAUUUAAAGACAAUUUUAAUAUAAUAUAUAUGACCAAAAUCAAUUGACUUAUUUUUUCAUUAACAAAAUAAUGAAAUGCAAUAUAAAAAAUUCUUUACAAUUUAUGAAAUUUGAUUAUUAUUGAAAUAUCUUUUGUUGAUAUUAUUUUAUGGAUAUUCUAUUUUAGUCUAUUCAAAAUCAACAAUAAAUUAUAAAAUAUUUCAUCACCUUUUGAUGAUUAAUUAAUUUAGUCUAAAUUUAAUCAUUGGUAUAGUCAAAGUGCAAUAUAUAAAAAUAAUAAAUAUCAUGAUGAUGAUGAUGAUGAUGACUUUGACGUGAUGCAUUAAUAACUUGUUCAAUCACUUGAACUAGUAGUAUAUGUACAUGAAUAAUAUAUAUUUAAAUAAAAAUAAUUGACCCAAAUAAUUUUAAUUGAUGAAAUUAAAAAUAAUCAACAUUAAUAAUAAUAAUAAUCAUAUCCUCCCUUCUUGGUCUAACUGUUUACCUUUAAAUUGACCAGUUAGAAUGGGCCUCAGUUGCCUUACAAAAACAUUCAGCAUUGCUGAUAAAUUAUAUUAUUUAUUAAAUAUAAUAAUAUUAUAUAAUUUAAUGUUAAUUAAUAAAAAAAUAUUGCCUGGUGUAAUAAAUAAACACCAGACAACAAAAAUAAUAAUAUUAAAUAAUUAUAUUGAGAAUGCAGAGAUUGCGUUCGACCUUCAAAAGGUCGCGCACACCGACGGGGGCGGAAAUGAAAUCACAAUCAAGUUUAGAAGUACCAAAACAAAUACGUUCAGCAUCAUUCGAUGAAAUACAACUUGAAGCAAAACGUCAAGAUGAACAAUUGUCAUCAUCAUCAUCAACAACAACAACAACAACAACACCAUCAACAUCAAAAUUAAGUGAAAAAAAUCGUACAUCAACACUUCGUGUACCAAAAAGUGGACAAAGAUCAAAAUCAUUUGAUAUUUAUGAAAAAACAUCAUUAAUACCAUCAUCACCAUCAGCAAGAUCAUCUGGUUCAUCUGGUUCACGUAAAAGUGAUACAUCAUCAUUGGCACAAUACACCGGCUGUUAUCAUUGUGCAUGUGUUAAAGCAUACAAAGCUCAAUUUUUAAAUAGAGAUAAUGACAGUGAUAGUGAUUUAAAUAAUGAUCCUUAUAUUGAUUACGAUUAUCAUGAUGAUGACGAUGAUGAUGAUGAUCAAGAUAACAAUGACAAUCAAGAAGAAGACGAUGAUGAUGAUGAUAAUAAUUAUCAAAGUAGUUAUGGUAUUAAUUAUCACGUUGAUAAUUAUGGCCAUGAUGAUGACGAUGAUGAUGAUAAUGAUGCUGCUUAUGAAGAUAUUGAUGAUGAUGUUAGUUUACCAAUUGACGAUUCAAUUGAAUCUGAUGAAAAACAUGAAAAACAUGAAAAACAUGAAAAACAACCACGUGAUAGUAGUAGUCCAGAAAUACGUGUGACAUUAAUAAAUUUUGAUGAUAAUAAAAUUAAAAAAAAAAAUAUAACAAUACCAAAUGAUUAUUAUCCUGGUGGUGGUAUUGAUAGACCAAGAAGAUUAUCACGUCAAGAAGCUGUUAUAUCAUUUCCACUCGAGUUACCAUCUAUAAAUGCUCCAGAUGAUGAUAAUGAUGAUGAUGAUGAUAAUAAUAAUAAUAAUAAUGUUUGUAAUAAAAAUGGUGUUUAUAAUGAGGAUGAUGAUGAUGAGGAUGAAGAUGGCGAUGAUGAUGAUGGUGAUGAUGAUGACGAUGACGAUGAUGAAGAUGAUGGUGGUAAUAAUAACAAUAAAUUUAAACUUGUUGUUGGUGAUAUAUUUUUAACAGUACCAGAAUUAAAAAGAGACAGAGCAGCAUCAGUUGAUUCAUGUUUUAAUAAUAAUAAAAAUAAUAAAAGUGAUUGUAGUAAUUCAUUAGCUGUACCACAACAAAAUACAAGAUCAAAAAGUGUUGAUAUUGUAUUACCAACUGAUCAACAAACAAGAUAUACAGCAUUAUUACCAAACAAGGAUCAACGUACCAGAGGAGGAAAAGAAGAGAGACCAGCAGCAAGUGGCGAUAGAGAGCUACGAACAACACCAGAUUGGGGACCAGGUUCAAUUAAUGGAGAGCAUCUCUGGGUAUCAACAAACGCCUCUGGUGAUUUUUGCUACGUCACAGAUUGCUCGAAACAUGGAGAAAGAUUAAAAUGUGCAGCAUGUCGUGUAUCUGCUCACAAAUAUUGUUUACCAAAAUUAGAUUUUGAUUGUAAAGCUGGUUAUCGUGAUGUUGGUGUACGUCAAUAUCGUGAACAAACAUCAACAGAUCAUCAUUGGGUACAUCGUCGUUCACAAAAAGGAAAAUGUACAAAUUGUUCAAAAUCAUUUCAAUCAAAAUUAAGUUUUAGUUCAAAAGAAAUUGUUGCUGUAAUAUGUAGUUGGUGUAAAUUAGCAUAUCAUAAUAAAGAAGCAUGUUUUAAUGUUGAUAAAGUUGGUGAAAAUUGUGAACUUGGUUUACAUAAAUCAAUUAUUGUACCACCAUCAUGGAUAUUAAAAUUACCAAGAAAAGGAAGUUUUAAAAGUAGUUUAAGAAAAUCACCAAAAAAAAUUAAACAAUCAUCAAGUGCUAGUGGUGCAAGUGGUGGUGCAAGUGGUAGUGGUAGUUGUACAACAACAUCAAAACGUAAAAAAACAAAAAAAGAUAAUAUCAAUCAAGAUAAUAAUAAUGAUAAAAAAAGUGUUGUUGCUGUUGAUUAUAAUACAGUAUGGAUGAUUAAACCAAUACCAUCAUUAACUGUACAUCCAUUAUUGGUAUUUAUAAAUCCAAAAUCAGGUGGUAAUCAAGGUGCUAAAUUAUUACAAAAAUUUCAAUGGUUUUUAAAUCCACGUCAAGUAUUUGAUUUAACACAAGGUGGACCACGAAUGGGAUUAGAAUUAUUUAAAAGAGUACCAAAUUUACGUGUAUUAGCAUGUGGUGGUGAUGGUACUGUUGGUUGGGUAUUAUCAAUUAUUGAUUUAAUUGAUAUAUCACCAUCACCAGCUGUUGGUGUAUUACCACUUGGUACUGGUAAUGAUUUAGCACGUUCACUUGGUUGGGGUGGUGGUUAUACUGAUGAACCAAUAACAAAAAUACUAACACAUCUUGAUGACAGUGGUAUUAGAUUACUUGAUAGAUGGUCAUUAAAAGUAACACCAAAUCCAGAAGGUAAAAAUGAUGAUACAACUGGAAGAGUUAAAGAUAAUUUACCAUUAAAUGUUGUUAAUAAUUAUUUUUCACUUGGUGUUGAUGCACAUAUUGCACUUGAAUUUCAUGAAGCAAGAGAAGCCAAUCCAGAAAAAUUUAAUUCACGUAUGAGAAAUAAAGUUUUUUAUGGACAAAUGGGUGGUAAAGAUUUAAUUGUAAGAAGAUGGAAAGAUUUAUCUGAUUAUGUUACACUUGAAUGUGAUGGAAUUGAUAUAACACCAAAACUCAUUGAACAUCGUGUACAUGCUAUUGUAUUUUUAAAUAUUUCAUCAUAUGGUGGUGGUACACGUCCAUGGGCACCAAUGCCAGACACCAAAGAACCAUCAACUGAUGAUGGUUUAAUUGAAGUUAUUGGAUUAACAACAUUUCAAUUACCAUUAUUACAAGCUGGUGGACAUGGUACACCCCUGGCACAAUGUAGUAGAGCUGUAUUAUCAACAAAAAAAACCAUUCCAAUGCAGGUUGAUGGAGAAGCCUGUCGUGUGUUGCCAUCGAUAAUUGAGAUGAAUCAUUUAAAUAAAGCAACAAUGCUAACAAAACGUAGAUCAACACGUAAAUCACAUCAAAGUAUUGAUGUUAAAUUAGAAAAUUUAACUUUACCAUUAAUGAAAAUAAAAAUGUCUGAUUAUGAAGCAUAUAAUUCUGACAAAGAUCGUUUAAAAAAAACAGCAAUUAGAUUAAAAACAGAACCACUUGAACUUGAAGCAACAACAGAUCUUGAAACAUUACGUAAUAUAUUAUCAAAAGAAUUUCAAAUGGAUUAUUGUUGUUUUCUUGAUUCAUGUACUGCUGAAAGAUUUUUUCGUAUUGAUGUUGCACAAGAACAUUUACAUUAUGUCACUGAUGUUAUAUCAGAAGCAAUAUAUAUACUUGAAGAAGAUCCAAAUGUCAUUGCAGCAAUUAAAUCAGCACUUGAUGAUAAAAAUAAAGAUGAAGAAAUUAUUAAUCAAGUUAUACUACAACAACAAAAAAAAUUAACAAGUGAUUGCAAAAUAACAAGUGGUGAUAAACAAACAAGUACAUCACCAACAAAUAAAAAUCAAAAAACACCAACAAAAGAUAGUAAUAAUAAAUAUAAUCAAACUAAAACUUCACCAAAAGAAACAGCAUCAUCAUCAAAGUAUCUUAGUUCAGCUGAAAGAUUAUUUAGUUUAUCAGGAAAUGUUAAUACAACAACUUCUGGUUUAUUAGAAAAAACAACUGAUGGAAUUGUACAUUGUGCUAAAACUGGUGAUUUAAAAAAAAUUAAAGAUUAUCAUGACCGUGGAUAUUCUUUGAUGUCUAUUGAUUCAAAUGGUCAAACAGCAUUACAUAUUGCUGCUAAAAAUGGACAUCGAGAUAUUGUACAGUAUCUUAUUACUUGUGGACCACCAUCAAUGAUAAAUAUGCUUGAUAAUGACAAAGGACAAACAGCUUUACACAAAGCUGUACAACAUAAAAAUCGUUCAAUAUGUUGUAUGCUUGUUGCUGCUGGUUCAACAUUAAUUGUACGUGAUAAAUCUGGCAAAACACCAAGAGAUUAUGCAAAUGAAAUGGGUGAAACAAAUCUUGCAAUUUAUCUACAAAAUCAAGAAGAAUUUCAAAUGGUAGGAGGAAGUAUGCAAAAACUUCCUUGACCUCUUGAGGUUUGCUGAGGUUUUUCAUAAACGCCAAUUAAAAGUAUUUUUUAGAUUUUAAUUUUCACUAUUUUAAAAAUAAAAAAUAAAGUCUUAUUUUAUUUACCUCUUACAAAAAUACAUU